AUGCUGCUGAGCUGGCUGGUAGGGAGUCGGUGCCCUCAAUUCAGUUUUAGUGCCAGCGUGCUCCCUGUCCUGCCGGUACAGUGCCCAGCAACAAAGGCGCUGGGGGCCUCUCGCCACACGCCCCCGGCACCUGUUGUGGCCCUCCAAUUGCUCCUUCGCAUGCCUCCAGCAUCCCCCUUUACGGCCUCUCCAUUCGACCUGGUGAUCAACCCGGGUCAGCGGGCCAAUGGCCCAGUCAGACUUGGCUACACCCCACCGGUCGGGCGCGCGCGACUGCGACAGGAAAAUAAAUGGAGAGCCCUGAUGGAGAGCCCCAUCGCCUGUGGAAGCCGCUGGAAGCACGGCCAACCAGCGCCUGCGCUCCCAGUGCCUGCCUGCCUGUGGCUCUGCCGCUGGCUCUGCACGGCUUCUGGCUCUCACCAGCCAUCGGAGCUGCGCCCCACGGGCUGA